AGACCCGUUUUUGCUCUUUUGUGUGUCAGACGAUGAUUCUGCGUCCUUGUAUCAGGACUCUCGCCGAGCACCGGCCCCGUUACCGGGCUCUGUCCCCGGUGAGGACGUGGCGUUGCGCAAAACCCGGAGCGAGGCCGCACGCGCAGAGUCGCUGCCACGACGGCGGCCCCGUUCUUCCACGUGGACCCUGUCAUCGACCAAAACACGCUCCGGUCUCCGUGGCAGCCGGAGCGUAGGUGGGCGGACGCGGAUGCGGAUGCGCCGCCGUUGCGCAGUGCAGACCGGGAGGCGCCAGCGACGCGGAGCGGUGCGGUGCGGUGCGGUGCGGGGCAGACGUUCUCCAGUCAGGAAGCUGUCUGAUUAACGGCGUUUAACGGCCACACGCUAGCCAUGCGGACAGUAGGUGUGUUUAUGGAGGCGCUCUCAGGCAAACUGGCCCCAUGUGUCCUGUGCCUGUUCCUGCUCACGAACCUGUGCCGGGCUGCACCGGGUGGGACACAAAGGGAGGAAGCAGAUGCACAGCCUCCCUCUGCAGCUCUGCCCAAUCCUUUUGGCACUGGGGAGGAGGACCACCGGCUGCUGCAGAGCUACAUUCAGUCCAGUCUGAAAGAUGGAGGACCAGAGAUCAGCACCUGGGAGCAAGAGGUGUUUUUCCUGUUGGGUCUCUAUGACUUCGAUCGCAGCGGGCUCCUGGACGGCUUGGAAAUGAUGAAGCUACUGUCCGACUAUCACUCCCACCACGCACCUGGUGCACAGGUGGAUGAGCAGGUGGUUUCCAUGGUAGAUUUUUUACUCCAGACUCAGGAUCUAAACCAGGACGGACUUUUGGCCCCGUCAGAGCUGCUGUCUCCCGCAUUACCUCACACACAGGACUCCAGCAACAACAAUGCACCUCAUGCGGAGCAGGAGGUGGCAGCGGAGGAGACGCUGUCCCACCCGGGUGCUGAUGAGGGGAAAGCAGGAGCACAGGAGCAGAGAGAGGAGGCUCACGCAGAGGCUCAGCCUCACGAGGAGGAGCAGCCGCGACGUGAGGACAAGCCAGAAGAAGAGGAAGCGGCGAAGGAGGCGGAUGCACAGACAGAACGGGAGCAGAGCCUGGGAGUGGCUGUGCAUCAGGGGCAACCUGAGAUAUGAACAGUCACACGCCGGCUCGUCCGCUGCAUCACGGCCUGUGGGACGCAGCGUGCUGCGUAAGAGGUAAAAAUACCACUAUCACCUUAGAGAACGUCUCCAUUUUUAGCCUCACACAGGAUGGGUCUGAGUCCUGAGACUCUGCAAAUUUCACCGAGCUGAUGAAGGUUGAUGAUGCAUUUGCCACCAUAUUGAUAUUCACUUUCUGCAGUCGCUCCCUGUCAUUUCAUUAUAAAUGCAAAGACUGCAUUCAUGUGAACACCAGCUCUGAAUUUAAAUUGUAGUUUGUCAGCAAAAACGGAUGCAAUCAUUAAUAUGGUAGUUUUUAAAUAAUGGAACAAUUGUAAGAAUAAGUAACUGUUUUAUGAUUUAAUUGUGUCCUUUUACUUAAGGGGUUUUGCAUACAAUCAUACUGUGUUUGUACAGUAUAUAGAGACUGUUUCAUGCACACAUUGAAUAGAAACCUUGUAUGUGAGCCUACUGGGCUCAUGGUUUACAGCUAAUAGUUCAACUCAACAUCUGGCCUUUUUCAACUCAUGUAAUUGUGUCAUGAAUCUACAUUUGUUCUUCCUUGAGAAUUUACUCAACCAACAAAAUUAAUUUGUUUAGGAAAUAAAAUUAUAAUAUUUGCAAAAUGUCCUUUUCAUGCACACUUGGUCCUAAUUUCUUUUGAUGUGUUAUUGUUUUUUGUUAUUUGAAUAUGUCUAAAUAAGUUUAAGUCAUGAGGUUACACUGUUCUACCAAGCUUCACAGUUACAGUAAGUACAGUAGGGCCCUGUUGUAAUACUGUAUACUGUAAUACGGAAUACUGUAAGACUGUAUUUGCAAACUUGUGUUUAAACUAUGAAAUUGUUUAAAAAUGUGGUCUAAUUAGUUUUAUUUUGUGAUCAUACAUGCAUUUUUACCAUGCUGGAGAAAAUAAAGGAAAUAUUACUACGUUUCACUUUCA